UGUGAGCCCUUCCCCCCAAGUUCAGGCCACCCCAGAACUCCGAGGAUGCCAGGCGGGCUCACAGAUGGGCACGCUGGCCCGUGGGCCUGGGGGUGGGGCGGGGGCACCACGUGGCCAUCGCGGCCCGUCCAGCAGGUGUGAGGGCUCUUGCUGGCAAGCCACCUGCUUGAGUUUUACCUUCAAAAUGUUCAGUCCCGACGCCUUAGGUGGCCCUUCUCUCUGCAGCCCCCGCAGGCUCCACCGCUUUGGUCCUCUGCCCGGCUAAGGCUUGGUCCCCUGGCCAGUCCUGGUGGGCACUCAGUCCCUAGGCCCUGCCGAGGUGGCAGCCCAUCCCCAGCCUGGCUCUCAGGCCCGGCUGUCCUGCCCUCCCCGAUACAGCCCCACCACCUCUCACUGCCCGUCCCGCACGUGCUCUGGGCCGGGAGGCCUUGCUGCCUCUCUUGGCCGGUCCUGCCGCAGAGCUCUCCUUCAUCCUGCGCUGCACCACCCAGCUGGUGCUGGAGGUCAGUGUCCCUGUCCCUUGAGCCUCAGUCAAACCCUGGCGGAGGCCUGCUGAGCGUGCGUGGCCGGGGACCCCAGCCAGUGCCAGUGGUCGCUUUGUCCAAGGUCAGUGUUGGGGGGCCUCCCAGGAGAGCCGGGAAGCAGCAGGGGCAUUUGCCCAGGACCAUGGGCAGAGGAGGCGUGACGGUGUCCUUCACGGGGAGCCUGGCGGCCACUGCACAACACAGAUCAAACCCGGCCCCGAGCCAGCCUGCCUGGGUUCAGAGCCCAGCUUGGCUCCUUGACCACAGCGUGACCUCACCUUUGUCCCUCAGGCUGUUCAUCUGGAAAAUGGGAGUAACAGCAGUGCCAGCCUCCCUCACAAGAGUGCCGUGAGGAUCAAAGUAGAAAACACAGGCGUACCAGACAUACUGCACUUAGAACGGUGCCCAGCGAUCCGAGAGUGCUCGAAUUCUUAUUACUGUCGCCUUAGCAAGCGUCACAAAGCUGGAAGGCAGAAAAUAAAUGGCUGGCUCAAGGAAGGUCCAAUUUGCAGGAGGGAGAAAGGGAGGAAGGACCAAAGUGUAUUGAAUAGGAAGACUUCAGAGAGGAGCUGAUGCCAGAACAGGGUUUUGAAGGAUGAAUAAGAGUUUGCCAGCCAGCAAGCAUCCCGCCUGCAAGGAGGAGAGCGGGCAGACAGUGGCCGAGCCAGGGGUCUGCUCGGGGCCGGAGCCCUGCCCCCGCCCAGCCUGGCGGCGGUGGCAUUUGUACCGUGCCCCCGGCAUGGCAGCGGCCGAGGUGCCCGGCUACCUCGUGUCCCCGCAGACGGAGAAGCACCGGCGGGCCCGCAACUGGACGGACGCGGAGAUGCGCGGCCUCAUGCUCGUCUGGGAGGAGUUCUUCGACGAGCUGAAGCAGACCAAGCGCAAUGCCAAGGUGUACGAGAAGAUGGCCAGCAAGCUGCUGGAGAUGACCGGCGAGCGCCGGCUGGGCGAGGAGAUCAAGAUCAAGAUCACCAACAUGACCUUCCAGUACAGGAAAUUAAAAUGCAUGACAGAUAGCGAGUCCGUCCCGCCCGACUGGCCCUAUUACCUAGCCAUUGAUAGGAUUCUGGCCAAGGUCCCCGAGUCCUGUGAUGGCAAACUGCCGGACGGCCAGCAGCCGGGGCCCUCCACGUCCCAGACCGAGGCGUCCCUGUCGCCGUCUGCUAAGUCCGCCCCUCUGUACUUACCGUAUAACCAGUGCUCCUACGAAGGCCGCUUCCAGGACGAUGGCUCCGCCAGCUCCUCCAGCUUACUGUCCCUUAAGUUCAGGUCGGACGAGCGGCCCGUGAAGAAACGCAAGGGCCAGGGCGGCCACUUGCAGAGGAAGAAGCUGCGGCUGCUGGAGACGAUGCUGGAGGAGCAGCGCCGGCUGAGCCGCGCCCUGGAGGAGACGUGCCGCGAGGUGCGCCGCGGGCUGGACCAGCACAGCCUUCUGCAGGCGCAGGGCCUGCAGCUGCAGGAGCGCAUGAUGAGCCUGCUCGAGAAGAUCAUCGCCAAGUCCGGGGUCUAGGCCGC